ACGGUGAGCUUUUUUUUCAAACUGUAUUAGCUGUACUUCUGUGAGAGAAGCUGUGCAGCGGCGGCAGUCUGUGUUGUGUCUACGGAAGAGACGAGCCGAGCGAAGUUAAAACCAUGAAACCGUUUUUACUCGGAGUGCUGGGCUGCUCGCUGGUCCUUUCUGUCAGAGCCAUGUACUCCUCCAGUGAUGAUGUUAUUGAGCUCACACCUUCCAACUUCAACAGGGAGGUGAUCCAGAGCGACAGUCUGUGGCUGGUGGAGUUUUAUGCCCCCUGGUGCGGCCACUGUCAAAAUCUAGCUCCAGACUGGAAGAAAGCAGCAACAGCUCUCAAGGGUAUUGUAAAGGUUGGGGCUGUAGAUGCUGACCAGCACAAGUCCCUGGGAGGCCAGUAUGGUGUCAGAGGGUUUCCCACCAUCAAGAUCUUUGGAGCAAAUAAGAAUAAACCAGAGGAGUACCAAGGGGGACGCAGUAGUCAGGCAAUUGUUGAUGGAGCAAUGAAUGCUUUACGCACACUUGUCAAAGAGAGGUUGAGUGGCAAGUCUGGUGGCUCCAGCUACAGCAAGCAGCAAAGUACGGGUGGCAGCAAAAAAGAUGUGGUGGAGCUCACUGAUGACAACUUUGAUGAGACCGUACUGAACAGCGACGACGUGUGGAUGGUGGAGUUCUUUGCCCCCUGGUGUGGACACUGCAAGAACCUGGAGCCAGAGUGGGCAGCUGCAGCAACAGCUGUUAAGGAUCAAACCAAGGGCAAGGUUCGCCUUGGGGCUGUGGACGCUACCGUACAUCAGGUUGUGUCCGGCCGCUAUGGAAUCCGUGGAUUUCCCACAAUCAAAAUUUUCCGUAAAGGGGAGGAGCCAGAGGACUACCAAGGAGGACGCUCCCGUGGAGACAUCAUUGAGAAGGCAAUGGAUCUGUUCUCUGACAAUGCUCCUGCACCUGAGCUGCUGGAGAUCCUUAAUGAAGAUGUCUUGAAGAAGACCUGUGAAGACAGCCAGCUGUGCAUUAUCGGUGUCCUUCCACACAUCCUGGAUACAGGAGCAUCUGGUAGAAAUGCUUAUCUGGAAGUGAUGAUGAAGAUGGCAGAGAAAUAUAAGAAGAAGCUUUGGGGCUGGCUUUGGACUGAAGCAGGGGCUCAAUCAGAGCUGGAGACUUCUUUAGGAAUUGGAGGAUUUGGCUACCCUGCCAUGGCCGCCAUCAAUGCACGCAAGAUGAAAUUUGCUCUCCUCAGAGGUUCCUUCAGUGAGACUGGCAUUCAUGAGUUCCUCAGGGAGCUUUCUGUGGGCCGAGGCUCCACCUCCACACUGGGAGGCGGAGUCAUGCCAAAGAUAAACAGUGUAGAAGGCUGGGAUGGAAAAGAUGGAGAGCUUCCUGUGGAGGAGGAAUAUGACCUCAGUGAUGUUGAUCUGGAUGAGGACUUUGAUAAAGACGAGUUAUGAGUCCCAGAAGCAUAAGAAUCUGACCCAGACUUUGGGUCUGGUCCUGUCUGUCCCCCACCUUCCUUUUCCUGUGGACAAAUGGGGGGCCAUGCUGGCCAGUUACUGAAAUACUCCAGAAAAGGCGCAUGAAAGACACCUGCAGUUUUUCACACCAUCUUAUCUGUCACGCAGGAGGGAGGGGAGAAUAUGCGUGUUUGUCCAUGAGAUGAACUCCUUUUCACAAACUUGCUGAAUGUUUGAGGCGGAAUAUUUAUAAAGCUGCCACCAGCUGAAGAGAGGAGGGGUGAGGUUCAUUUUAGUCUUUUACAAACGUCGCUCUCUCUCCCCUCUUCAGCCGCCUUAAAGAACCUAUUUGAAGAUGUGAACUUGAAAAGGUAAUUAUUCAGUGAUUUUUAUGUUUAUUAUUUUUUUUGUUGUUUUGUCUUUAAGUGGUGAAUGAGAAUCUGAGUGGGUUUGCGUCAUUUUUGUCCAGGACAAGGAGGGGAUCAUCUUUGGGAC